AUGUCCCCCGAGAAAGUCGCCCUCCUGCUUUUCACGGCCGCUUGGGUGCUGCCUGCUGGAACCUCAGAGGUAACCCCCCCCGGGACCUGCAUGGGAGCUGGAAACCCCCCACUGGAUUUGGUCUCCUCCUCGGUGGACGACCUGUACCGAGGCUGCGAGUACCCCAUGUGGCAGCAUCUCCCGUCCCUGAUGAAAAAGGAGCUGACCGAGAACGAGAACUUUGACCUGGCUUGGAACACGGCCAAGAAGGAGUGGCUGAGGAAGACGAAUACGUUCAUCUUCCCCAACACAAUGAAAGCUUUCUGCAGCGUCGCUGUGGUUGCCUACACCUUAAACGACCCGCCUCUGUACAAGGACUUCAACACGGCCACCAGGACGGGCUGGACGGGAUCCCCUGCCUACGCCAGCUACCCCUUCAAGGCCUUGCAUUUCCUGCUGACCCAGGCGUCCAAAGAGAUAUGGGGGAUAAAGCCCAGUUGUGAAACCGUCUACAGAGGAGCCAACGUAAAAUUCUCCAUCAGCCGCUUGUUCCGCUUCGGCCAGUUCACCUCCACCUCAAAGAGCUCGAGGGUGGCGGCCGGAUUCAGCCAAAAGACCUUCUUCGUGCUGGUUUCCUGCACGGGGUACGCGCUUCGGGACCUGUCCCACUACCUUAAAGAACAAGAGGUCCUGGUGCUGCCCUCCGAGAUGUUCCAGGUCACCAAGGUCCAGCUGAACGAGCAGGGGCAGACUGUCCACGCCAAGUCGGUGGGGGUGUGCAGCAACCACAACUGCGCCUACGUGGGGAGAGGAGACCCCAAUGUGAAGAGAUGCCCUCCUCACCAAGAAGCUCUGGGCUUGGUCUGCUGCUACCCUCUUAGCCCAGGCCCUGAGGGGCUUCAGGAGUAUAAGGGCAUGAAGAAGGAAAAGGAAGAGGGUGACGGGCCGGCUGGCUCGGGGGCUGGGGAAUAG